UACGACUGACUGCUGGACGGCACUCACAACGGAGAGCUAUAUAACAAUAACGUGUCACUACAUCGAUGAGGACUGGCAAGUUAAUUCAGCUGUCCUUCUAACACAGAGUAUGCCUAGCAGACACACAGCUGAGAACCUUGCAGCUAAACUAAUUGAUGCGGUGGAGACAUGGGGACUUAAUGGGAAAGUGUCUGCAUGUGUUCAUGACAAUGCACGCAACAUUGUGGCUGCAAACUCUCCAGAACGGGUGAACUGGGAGUCGGUUCCGUGUUUUGCUCAUACACUACAGCUAGCUGUAAAUGAUGGAUUUAAUGUGUUCGUGCAUCGGGUCAUCGUUGCAGCUGGGCGCCUGGUUAGGCAUUUUAACCACAGCACCCCUGCAUGCAAGGCACUGGAAGAUAAACAAUCACAAAUGAAACUUCCGAAACACCAGCUCAUUCAGUCUUGUAAAACAAGAUGGAACUCGGUGUGUGACAUGUUCGGAAGACUUCUCGAACAAAGGUGGGCUGUUACAGCUGUUCUGUCUGACCGAACGGUUACAAGGCUGCAAGAUGCCAGAACCCUGGAGAUACGAGACGAACACUGGCAAAUAAUGGAGGAGAUUGCACCCGUGUUGGAAACUUUAAAAUGUGCAACCACCAUAAUGUCAUCAGAAAAGAACGUUUCAAUUUCCAACAUUUACCCCAUCACCUUUAGCCUGCUGAACACACACCUGAUGAGAGCCGAGGAUGACGGCCACAGAGUGACGGAGUUCAAGGCAAAAGUUCGGCAGUCCUUAAGUGGCCGCAUGCAGGUUGACAAGGAUGAUCUGGUGGCCAAACCUGCGCUGAUCGCCUCUGUCCUGGACCCUCGCCAUAAACAUCUCCCGUUUUUUGCACAAACGGAGAAAGAAGCCGCAAAAGCAAAACUUAUUGAAAUGUGUGCUGCUAUGGAAAUGGCCAAUGCGGAAGAUGAGACAGCGGUGUCUGCUACCCAAGCUGGAGAUAAAGACCGCAGCCAAAGUAACGCCAUGAUGAUGCUCCUGGGAGAUGACUACAGCGCCCCUCGUCAAGCCACUGAUUAUCCAGAAGAGGUUGACAUCUACAUGAGAGACAAUCCUCCAUCUCUGGAUAUUAAUCCUCUUGACUGGUGGAAAGCAAAUGAAAGGCGCUUCCCGAAGCUGGCCACUCUAGCGAGACGUUACCUGUGUAUUCCCGGGACAUCUGUGCCAUCGGAGAGGGUGUUUUCUGCCGCGGGUCUAACCGUCAACAGGCUGCGCUCCAGACUAACCCCAAAUCACGUUGACAUGUUGCUUUUUUUAAAUAAAAAUUAGACACGGUGUGGAUUGAGGUAGGGCUGCUAUUUUUAUUUAACGAAAAAUCUUAGUCUAACGG